UGCAUGAUGUAUGGAUUUGGGGAUGACCAGAACCCUUACACAGAAUCCGUGGACAUUCUUGAGGACCUGGUAAUAGAGUUUAUCACAGAAAUGACACACAAGGCCAUGUCAAUCGGACGGCAGGGUCGCGUACAGGUUGAGGACAUUGUCUUCCUCAUCCGCAAGGACCCCCGGAAGUUUGCCAGAGUUAAAGACCUCCUCACUAUGAACGAAGAGCUGAAACGAGCCAGAAAGGCCUUUGAUGAAGCGAACUACGGAUCCUGA